CUGGCUCUUCAUUCAACAGGACCCACGUCCUAACAGCACCCCACACAGAAAACAAGAUGACGACCCGGUCAGAGAGAGAAAAAGCCCAGAAACUGAACGAGCAGCAUCAGGCUAUUCUCACCAAACUGCUGAAAGAGGAGAACAACAAGUACUGUGCAGACUGUGAGGCUAAAGGUCCUCGGUGGGCAUCAUGGAACCUGGGCGUGUUCAUGUGUAUCCGCUGUGCUGGAAUCCAUCGGAACCUUGGAGUCCACAUCUCCAGAGUCAAAUCUGUCAAUCUGGACCAGUGGACACCUGAGCAGAUUCAGAGUAUGGUGGACAUGGGCAACACCAGAGCUCGCCAGCUGUACGAAGCCCACCUACCAGAGAACUUCAGGAGGCCGCAGACAGACCAAGCUGUUGAAGUGUUCAUCCGCGACAAAUAUGAGAGGAAGAAGUACUACGACCAGGAGGCCCUGGCUGCAGCUUCAAAAGCUGAAGCGACCGCUCCUUCCACCUCGCCGUCCUCCCAGGCUGACAAGACCAGAUCAGAGAAAGAGCGUGACAGGAAAAAAGAGGAAAAGAAGAAAGAAAAAGAUGCUGACAAAGUGGAAAGGCACAACAACUCUAAGCCAGAUUGCAAAUCCAGCCCAAAGAAAAGCCCCGAGCCGGCUGUGGACCUGCUAGGCCUGGAUGCUCCAGAGGGAGAAGGAAAAGGCUCUGAUCGAACGGCACCUGUCGGCAAAGAACUGGAUCUGUUUGGACCAAUGGUUUCCAAUCCUCUGCCCCCCAGUAACACAAAGCAUGAUCAGUCUGGUUGCAGUGCAGAACCUUCCCAGGCAGAGCCCACCUCUUCCUCCUCCUCCACCACUGCUGCCCCUAAGGUGGAGGAGAAGAAGCUUUUAUCUAAGGACUCCAUCCUGUCUCUGUAUGGCAGCAGCUCAGUGGGCAAUCAGCCACAGAGCCAACAACGGCCUGCUACAGGACCAGCAGGGGCAUACAUGAGCCAGCCUCAGAUGCAGUUCAAUCCACAGAACUUCUCCCCAGCUGUGGCUGGAGGCAUCUCACCCACAACCAUGAUGGGUGGAGGGCCGGUGAUGUCUGGCAUGACUCUAUCCAAUGGCAGCUACAUGGUGAAUAUGUGCAGUACGCAGCCAGGCCAGCAGCAGCAGCAGGGCCAAUGGAACAUGAGCCAGAUGACUCAGCAGACGUCCAGCAUGGCUUUGGGUGGUGGAGGAAUGGCAGCAGGCGCUCCUGCCACCAGUUGGUCCACAUCGCCAGCACCAGCCUCGGGCCAGACCCUCAGCACUCAGCUGUGGAAAUAGCAGGAAGUGAUUGCAGAGGAUAUAGGGGGGUCCUACAUGGGGGGGGGACAGUCUGCCUCCAGACAACCUGACUGAUUUACUCUCCUGAUGCACAUCAUUGCUUUAAUGACAUUAAGAAUCAAUGCCCUAAAAAAGGAAAAGAAAGCUUGGCAGCUGUGUGUUCCUCAUUUUCAAAAUGUCCCCCCUCUGAUCUCUCUCCUUUUGUUGGUAUCGUCUGGAAAAAAAACAACAAAAGAGAAUAACAAGCAGGAAGCUGCUAUGUCAACACUAA